AUGACGGAUGGAGAAUUAAAAGUACUGCCAGGCGGGCAAGAGAGGCAGGGGAUAGACCUGCAGGAUUACACAAACCUGACUCGCCUGUAUUGCGGACAUCAUCUUCAAAUUCUUCCCGAUGGGACAGUACAGAGAGACAAUGGUGACAUCCACACCCUAACUGUGACAGAGGACUGUUACUUCCUGGAGAACCUGGAGGAGAACCAUCAAAACACCUACCGAUCCCUGACCAACCAGGACAAGGGAUGGUACGUCGGUCUGAAGAAGAACGGCAAACCCAAACUGGGUCACAGAACCCACGUUGGACAGAAAGCCACCUACUUCCUGCCGAGGAGGCUGGAGAACACAGGCGAGUGA